AUAACGAAAUUACGAUGAUCACAUGAUCCUUAUUAUGAUGAGAGAACUUAAGAGCAUAGCUAGCUUUGUUACAAAAUCACAAGAUAUAAAAUUGCAACCUAUCCCAAACAGAAUUGAACUCAGGGGACCAAUUUUCUCAAAAUUUUAAGAGGGGUCUCACACACCAUUGACCCAAAAACUAUAAUGCAAUGUUCGGUAAACAAACGAUUCUAGUUUAUUAAUUAUCGCAACUAAAUCAUGUCUCAUUGAAUAUAUAGGUUAACCUAAUGAUACCCUAAUCUAAAGUUUAAAAACAUUUAGAAGCCAUUAUCACCAAGUGUUAAUAAAUCAAUUGAUAAAAUAUCUUUGCUGGUUGAGUAUCACUUGGGAGAAAACCAUAUUGAAUGCUCUGUUUUCCGGCCUAAGGAGAUGUACAGGCCUAGGCCCAAAACUUCUUAAAAAAAAAAUCAUUAUGGAUUAUACCUUAUCUUCACUGACCAAUCAGAAUUGUGGAUAAAACAAAUGAGUGGUUGAUAUAAAAAGAUGUAUAUUAAAAACUUAAUUGGAUUACCAUAACCCUACUGUUUUCCAUUUUGUUAUCGUAUAAAUAUGUGUAAUCUUUCAUUUAACCUCAUAGUCUCGAUAACAUAAGCUAGUUUGUUCGUCGCCGCCGUCCACCAUAAAAUCCUUCAUUUUUCCUAUUUUUCUCCUCCUUUUUGACGAAAUCAGAAAUGAAUAUUCCAGAAAUGGCUUUUCAAGUCUUGGUGCGACUUCCACUAAAAAGCCUCGCAAGAUUCAGAUCAGUGUGCAGAGAAUGGAAACUUCUGAUCGACUCUGAAUUCUUCCGAGACUACUUCAUCUCGCUCAACUCUUCCUCAGUCUCAUGGUCAAUCAUUCAAACGAGACAUCACAUAUUGUCACUUGACAUCGUUGGUCACCAUGGAUGCAAAACAUGGGGACUUACUCAUUUUCCGGGAUCUUUUGUGAGUUUCUUUGCCGAGACCACAAUCAGGAAACUACAAGUCUUAGCUUGUACCGAUGGAUUGGUCCUUAUUUACGCAGAAGCUAGUGAUGGAACUCCUAUGCAUUACGUUGGUAGUCCUUUGUUUCAAGAAUGGUUUCAAAUUCCUCUCCCUCCUGACAUCCAUUUGCAAGAUGAUCAUAAGCGUUUCAACGACAGUGGAUUGGUUACAAAGAUGCAGAGUGGUACCGUUGUGAGUUACAAGGUUGUGUGGUUGAUCGCUCACGCUUUUGCUAGAGUCGAUUUUGGGAUUUACUCAUCUGAUACAGGGGAAUGGGAAAUUAAAAAAGUGCCUUGUCUUCAUUCUGCCUUCUGGUUUAGUCAUCACAAGCCCAUUGCUUUAAAUGGGAUUCUUCAUUGGCUUUCCAACCUCACCGGUUCUUUUGUAGCUUACGAUUUCUAUGGAGGUCAUGAUGAUGAUGAUGCGUGUGAUAUCAUACAUUUCCCCGAUAGUGGAAAAGAUGAUGAGUUACGGCGUUUUAGGAGAACCUUGUCCACCUCGGAAGGGUCUAUUGUGUACUUCAACGAGUUUGGUGGGAACGGAAACCGCAUAUUACGGGUUUGGAGGCUGGUCAAGUACACAGAUGGUCCUAAGGCGUGGCAGCUCUUUAGGGAAGUCAGCUUGGUGACCUUGAUCGAUUUAGGUAUCUAUUAUUUCCCUGUGGUGAUGCAUCCUUUGAACUCUGAGAUCAUCUACUUGUGGAGCAGAAACAAGAAAGGUAUGGUAUUGUUUAACUUGAGGACACAUGUGUUUAGUCUUCACAAGGAAUUAGAAGACGAGACCAAGUGUAUGGAUGGUUGCACCUUGAGCUUUAACAGGUGCAGCGAGUAUAUGGAGAGCAUGUAUGGAUACUUUUUCCCAUCGUCUUACGGUGGUACUAACUGUCUCUUUGCUUCACAGUAUGUUCUCCCUCGUUGGCUGCACCGUCUCCCUCGUCCGCAGCCUUCUUAGUAGCUUCUGUUGUGAGUUUGAAUCAAAUUUCAAAUGUGAAUGAUUUUAAUGUUGUCAUGUUACCAAUCAUAAUCUUGUAUUACUAAUACAAUUAUCAUGCCCGAAGCUUUUU